GAGUGGGCUUGGCAGGCAGGCCGGGCACAGUGAUACAUGUACAGCCGGUCAGGGAAUGAUCUGCUUCUGAAGUGACCCUGCCGGCUCAUUCACACCUGGAAUAGUGGAAGGGCUAGCUUCACUACUCACGUACCAAUUUUUUUUUUGUUGUACCCGCAGUGUAAUUGCCUGUAAUAGAAGCUUUUGUAUCCCUACAUGUUGCGCUGGUGUGGGGGCACCCAUGGGCGCCCUGUGUAUCUCAGCGCUAGAUAAAGCGAGCUGCUUGUUGCAAACAGGGUCGGACUGGUCCCAGCCUCUCUGCCGCCAGCCCACAAGGCGCACCCUCUAACUUCCAUAAUUACCAACUCACUCCCGACUGCAGCUACCGCUAAUGCUACUUUCCCUUUAAGAGGAGAACCGAACGUCUUAAGGAGCCUGCGCGAUGACGUCACCCGGCAUGCUUUACGUGGGAGAACCAGAGGGAGAGUGAGGUGCGUGAGGGAGGGUGCGGUCCUCAGAUUGUAGUUCUGUCUGCUCUGUGUAAGCGGAGUCGCAGGAGUUACUGCUGCCUGGAGCUUUAAUAAAACCCACUGAGUUCUUGAUUCUAAAGGUUCGACAAUCGCUCUGCUGUUCUGGCAAAAUGGCAAAUAAUGUGAACUGGAUUCAGCGUUCAAGUGUGCCAAGUUUUGCACAGAUGCUAAAGAAGAAUUUACCUGCUCAAGCUCCAGCUGUGAAUCUGAGCUCCACAGUUUCCACAUGCUGCCCAUAUGUUGAACCUGAUUGUGGAACAGCAAAGGUUACUCAAAUCACAGGUAACUUUCGAGAACCAUUUUUAUCAAAAAUGGUUGUACCUGCAUCACUCUCCUCACUGCCACCUAGAAAGGUUACAAAGGAAUUUGUGGUGAAAUACAGACGUGGUGACCUCAAUCCUGUUUCUGCUUUAUACCAGUUUGCACAGAUGCAGCGAAUGGAAAUUGAUCUGAAAGAGACUGUAACAACAGGAAACGUCUUUGGUGCUUAUUUUGCAUUCUGUGCUGUUAUUGAUGGAAUUGAAUACAAGACUGGAAUGGGGCAAAAUAAAAAGGAGGCAAAAGCAAAUGCUGCACAACUUGCACUUGAUGAACUUCUUCUACAUGAAGAUUCUGAGUUAACAGAUAAGCGCACUUUUAUUCAUGAAAAGAUUUCCUCUAUUAUUAAAGAAACCUUUACUAAUUUAAUUUCCAAAUAUCCUGAAUAUGAAAGCUGUGGUAGCUCAUUAGCUGCAUUUGUGAUUGAAAAAGGUGGCCAAAACUGGGAAGUAGUUGCAGUAGGUACAGGAGAGUUUAACUAUGGACAGAGCUUGCAAAGUGAUGGAAGAGUUCUGCAUGAUUCACAUGCUAUAGUUGUCGCAAGACGUUCCUUACUUAGAUACUUUUAUAGGCAGUUGCUGCUUUUCUACAGUGGAAAUAAUGGAAUGAUGGACAAGUCAAUAUUUUGCACAGAACCUGCAACCAACCUUCUUGCUCUAAAACCAAAUUUCAAUAUCUUCCUGUACAUGAAUCAGCUUCCAAAAGGAGCUGCUCAGACCAAUCCACAACUAUGUCUCAGUCCACAUUCUCUCUCUGCUCAUGAAGCCAAUGACAAACUAAGUCUUCAUGUUUCAGUAGAAGGCAAAAAUAUCCCAGCAGCUUACUAUUCAGGUGAAAUAGUUCAUAAUCUAUACAGCAUGUCUUCUACUGAUAAACUUACACGUUGGGAAGUUCUAGGUGUCCAAGGAGCACUUCUGAGCGUUUUCAUACAGCCUGUGUACAUCAGCACUAUUAUCGUUGGCAAUGCAGCUUGUUCAGAUACCAGAGGAUUAGAAAUAGCCGUUAAACAACGUAUUGAUGAUGCACUUACUUCAAAACUUCCCAUGUUUUAUUUGGUGAACAGACCUUACAUAAGCAUCGUCAGUUCUACACAUCAGACUAACAUGGAUCCUGUUAAUCGAUCACUGAGUCUGAAUUGGUCACAAGGUGAUGCUUGUGUGGAAGUUGUGGAUGCUGUAAGAGGAAAAACUGUUGAAAGAUCACCAUUCAAGAGUGGAUCUUGUCUGGCAAGUCGUCUUUGUAAAGCAGCCAUGUUAUGCCGUUUCAAUUUGGUUGUAAAAGAAUCUAAAAGGGAAGCUAUAGCCCUUGACCUUUCUUAUCAUGAGGCAAAGCAUUUGGCAGGACCUUACCAGGAAGCAAAAUGUUUGCUGAAAGCUUAUUUCAAGCAGCAGGGAUUUGGAUCCUGGAUUGUGAAGCCACCCAUUAUUGACGAAUUUACAAUGUAAUACAUUAUCCAUUGAGGAAAUUGCCAAUAUUUUAUUUGCAUUGUGGUUUUUGAUAAGUUUGUGGUGGGAAAAAUUACUUUUUAAUAUUUUUGACUAACAUAUAUAUUAGGGAUUCACCGAAUCCACUAUUUUAGGAUUUGGCCGAACCCCAAAUCCUUCAUAAAAGAUUUGCCCAAAUACCGAAUCCUGAGGAUAUGGAAGGAUUAAAGAGCAGCGUGCAGCGAAAAAUUGUCUACUUCCGUGUUUGUGACAAAUAGUCACGUGAUUUAAAGGAUUCAGUUUGGCUUGAAGCAUUGAUUCGGCCAAAUCUGAAUCCUGCUGAAAAAGGCCAAAUAUUGUCCGAAUCCUGGAUUCUGUGCAUCCCUUAUAUAUAUAUAUAUGUGCGUUUAGAGAAGGUACGGUUCAAAAAAGAAUGACAAAUUCAUGCCUUUUAUGUUUGUUAUGCAAAAUGCAUAAGGCAGCAAAUCUUUAGAGCCAAUUAUUGUAUCCUGUUUUAUUUUUUUUUCUUCGAAAAAUCACUUUUGCCAUAAAAAUGAAAAAAACAAACCGGUAUUAUGUUUGAAUAUAGCUUUCGGUGUACAGGCUAAAUGCAUCAAGGCUUUUUGUCAUGUUCUAUGAAACCUUCUUAUGUUAUUUCUUAGUGAGUAAAUGUAUCCUGUUAUAAAGGCUUACUUUAGACGUUUCCCAAUAAAAAUUGUCCACCUUCUACCAAGUUUGUAUAAAGUUCAAAUUAGCUCAUGAAAACAUUUGAAAAUGUUGAAACCAAUAUGUAUAUGUUACAUAUACCAAUAUGUACGUGUAGCCAAAAAAGAAUUUGCUACCUUUGUUUUCACAACUGUUUAAUGAUUUGUGAUGCCUUAUAAUAUAUACUGUAUAAACAGACCUUUUCUCCCAAAUUA